UUGGAGAAGAAUAACCUGAACAUGCCUUAGAUGUUGCUUAUCUGUUACUAAAACAGCAGCUCAGUGCUUCUGCUGUAUGGGAUUUUUGGUUUUGGCCAUUGACAAGUGUAUUAAACUCCCUUAAAUCAAAUUAUGGCUUUUCUACAAGGAAAGUCUGUGGUGGUUGUGUCCUUCAAGACUGGAGUAGUUUCUUCCUCACUUUUUUUCCUGGUUCAGACUAAAAUUUUUUUGAUUUUUUGGGUCGAAGUUUGCAUUUUCUGUAGCUAGUGGUUUGAUUUUUUUUUUUCUUUUUUCUUUCCCCCCAUAGGGCAACAUAAUAACUUUCCUGUUUCUUGAUUUCUGAGUUGGAUUCAAUUUGACAGGCCUGGCAGUAUUUCUUACUUUUACUGGGUCCUUAGUGGUGAAAUAAGCUUGGUGGGACAUCAGCCCUGUUGCUCUGUGAGUGUAGAAGGAUCGAUAAUAAUGUCUCCUGACACUAAUGAAAUUCUAAAUGAAUUUUAUUUUGUUUAAACUAACAGUGGUGCCUAUACCAGAUGUGCACUUGGCAUAAUCUGGCCAUGGUGCUCUUAACUGGGGAAAGACGUGGCAUUAACUUAAUAAUGGGGCAUUUACCCACUCUUUAACCCCUGUGCUUGUUAAUAAUGUAGUGAGUUGUUAAUGCAGGGGUUGUUCAGCAGCACUGGCUGAGGACAGAAUGCUGGCUGGUGCUGUAGCAAUGUCCCUGCUGUGUUCCCAGGUCCCUGGAGUGUCCCAAAGGCCAGGCAUGGAGAAGUGGAGCCUGAUGACAAUCACGGUGCUGCUGGCACUCACCGUGCGCUGGGCUGUGUCCCUGGGCUCCUACUCAGGGGCAGGAAAACCACCCAUGUAUGGAGACUACGAGGCUCAGAGGCACUGGCAAGAAAUCACCUACAACUUACCCAUCAGGCAGUGGUACUUCAAUACCAGUGACAACAACCUGCUGUACUGGGGCCUCGAUUACCCACCUCUCACUGCCUAUCACAGUUUUUUGUGUGCUUACAUUGCAAAGUUAAUAAAUCCUGAUUGGGUUGCUCUGCACACAUCUCGGGGCUAUGAGAGUCAGCCCCAUAAGUUAUUUAUGCGUACAACAGUGUUUGUUGCUGAUUUGCUGGUUUAUAUCCCUGCAGUUAUUUUAUAUUGUUUUUCCUUGAAAGAAACAUCUGCUAAAAAAAAGGUUUCCAGUGCUCUCUGCAUCCUGCUUUACCCAGGCCUCAUUCUUAUUGACCAUGGGCACUUCCAAUACAACUCAGUGAGCCUUGGCUUGGCCUUGUGGGCUGUCCUUUGUUUGUCCCAUGACUGGGACCUCCUGGGCUCUGUGGCAUUUUGCUUGGCCUUAAAUUACAAGCAAAUGGAGCUCUACCAUUCCCUGCCCUUUUUUUGCUAUUUACUUGGAAAGUGCUUCAAGAAGGGACUGAAAGGAAAGGGGCUGGUGCUCUUGGCUAAACUGGCAGGGACAGUGCUGGUGUCCUUCGCUGCCUGCUGGCUCCCGUUCGGCACAGACGUGGAACAAAUCAUGCAAGUACUCAGAAGACUCUUUCCCAUUGACAGAGGCUUGUUUGAGGAUAAAGUAGCCAAUAUUUGGUGCAGUCUAAGUGUCCUUAUAAAGAUAAAGAAUGUAAUAUCCCCUCAAACUCAGCUGAAACUCAGUUUUGCUGUGACAUUCCUGAGCCUGCUCCCAGCCUGUAUCAAGCUCACUGUCCAGCCUUCCCUGCGAGGGUUUAAAUUUGCCUUGGUCAGCUGUGCCUUGUCGUUUUUCCUCUUCUCCUUUCAAGUCCAUGAAAAAUCUAUUCUUCUCGUGGCAGUCCCGGUCUGCUUAAUCAUAAAUGAAAUCCCCUUUAUGGCCACGUGGUUUCUACUCGUGUCAACUUUCAGCCUGCUGCCGCUGCUGCUCAAGGACGGGCUGCUGCUGCCCUAUGCCGUGACCGCGCCCGCCUUCCUGGCCGUGUGCCUGGCCUCCUUCUCCAUCCUGGAGAAGACCUCUGCAGAGGACCUACAGCUCAAGGCUUUUUCCCUUUCCCUCAAGGGUUACGUGUCCUGGUUUAAGUCCCUUCCCAGGAUCCUCAGGAGCCUGUUCCUGCUCUCCCUGUCCCUGAUGGGAGUCCUGUCCGUGCUCGGAGCUGCGCUGCCUCCUCCCCAGCGCCUGCCCGACUUGUUCCCCGUGGUCGUGGCCGUGGUGUCCUGCCUGCACUUCCUGCUGUUCCUGCUGUAUUUUAAUGUUGUCAUACUCUGGGACUCCAGGAAUAGAGGGCAGAAGAAAAUCAGUUAAUGAAGCUGGAGCUGCAGGACUGAGUGCUCAGUGAGAGGUGCCAGCACUGCCGAGGAGCCUGUGUGUGAUGGACACAACUCCAGGAAAGCCAGGAAAAACCUUUUACUUAUUUAAACACAAAACAAUCAAAGACUGUUUUAAAGGAGAAAUAUUUUGAAGAGCAUUGGGAAUGGGAUUUGAUUUGUUUUCUUUGGAAGCGUCAUACUUUUGUUACCAUUUGUAAACCUAAAAUGCCUAAUAAAGGACCAAAUUUUGAA